GUUAUAUGCUAACUUGUUUUACUCACUACUAGAGCGGUUGUUACCACGAGGAUGAAGUUGGAAGUUUGUUCCUACAGCGGUUUCAAAGUUUAUCCGGGACACGGAAAACGCGCUGUACGCAUCGACGGUCGUGGGUUCUACUUCAUAAACAAGAAAUGUGAACGGUCUCAUUUUUUAAAGCGUAAUCCGCGUGAGAUAAGCUGGACGGUGCUCUACCGAAGGAAGUACAAAAAAGGGAUAAGUGAAGAACUUGUAAAAAAGCGAACAAAACGUGUAACCAAGAGUGCUCGAGGUAUUGCAGGGGCAAGUUUAGCUGAAAUCAUGGCUAAACGUAAUCAGAAGCCAGAAGUUCGUAAAGCGAUGCGUGACCAAGCCAUACGUGCAGCUAAAGAAAAACAAAAGCAAAAAGAAAUGGAGAAGAAGGUCGAAAAGAAAAAGCCUCAAGUAGCUCCUUCAAAACAAAAAGCUACUAAGAUCACUCAGAAGGCUGCUCCUAGAGUUGGUGGAAAGCGUUAAUGGAUGUGUGACAAGCUUAUUAUUUUGUGGAAUAAAUUUUUCUUCGUAUUUCAUGUGUUGAGUUAUUAAAAUUGAUUAAUGCCUUGAACCACAAUAUUGUUAGUACAUGAAUAUGCUGUUCAUUUGUGGUACCUGUGCAUCAAAUGUUCAUCUCAGUUGGUUUUUGUAUGGUAAUAUUUCACCUGUGUAGUCGAUUUCAAUAUCAAGCAUAUAGUAAUCACUCAAUGAACUUUUAAUUACGUUAAAGGAUUAAUCCUUUCUUGAUUCCAUUUUAUCUGUCCGCAAACUUUUCAAGGAGGUUGUGUUUCUCCCAAUUCUAGUAGUAAUUCAUUGCAACCAAUGUCGUGAAGAAAAGCUAGAAUCUUGUUGUCCCCUGUACACUUGUUUUUAACCUCAAUGUGGAUGAUUAUUUUCAUGAUUUUAUACUGAUUUCGUGAUAAAUUUUAAAUAGUUUUAAAGUUAUACAGUAGCUCACUAAUAUGUUGCUAUCUUGGUGUGACUCACCUAUGCUAUAUCAAAUUUACAUUAUUCGUAUUGAAUAUUCAGAAAAGUUGUUCUCGACAUACAGCUAAAUAUUUCGGUGGUGAUGUGGAAAUUAUAGAUAUGUUCUUGACACUUGAAGCUGAUUAGCGAGAUGUUUCGCCAUCUGCUUUAUUUCAAUAGGUGCUCUCUUUAAGUGGGUUACUUUUUUUACUCGGGUGUGGCGAAUCACAUUCAUGACCGAUUUCAUGAUGAUCUGAAGGAUUGUGUUUGGCCGAGAAAUAGCUCGACAGCUACUUGAAAAUGUUCCUUAGCAAGGACUGAAAGUAGCGGUAUGGCUUCGAACAAAAAUCUGAGAGUAGCGAAAGUGCGAUGGGAGUAAAUGAAAAGCUUAGAUGAUCGGGAUUGACGUUAAAUUUACUGAUGGUUUCUCGCCUUGAAAAAACUACUGUUCAGAGAGUCGUUCAAAGUUGUUAUUGGCCUACUAUAGCCUCACAACCGAUAAUAAACCGAAAGCAUGUCAUCUUGAGUAAGCUGCCUUUGGUUGCGUUGACUUUACACCUAAGUUAUCGGUCCUUAUAUUAUUUUUGCAAUGUUUCGCCAAAUGCUAGGGUUUAUUUAAAAACAUUAAACUUAUGAUGGCGAUGGGAGUCCUGAAGUUAUCAGUGUAUUUAGUGUUACUAUUAUCAUCAUCAUACAUGAACAACACAAGCUGUCGGCCGAUUAAAUAAUAAUAUUGAUCAUACCUGUAUCUUUUAUUAAGUGACAAUUGGUUCCGUUUUCCUUUUGGUCGUAGGGUUUGUUUGACAAGCUAACUUGAAACUUACGUAUAAGGGUAUAGGCUUGCACCGAUUUAACCUGUUUUAGACUUAGUCCUAAGUGCUUAUAAGUUCAUGUUUAUCGGGUACCGAUCCAAUGUUCAGGAUACUUGGUUGAAUAUCGUUCUUAGUUUUCUUUUCUGAAGACUUAGUAUUUCCUGGAUCUUUUCUAAUGUGACUCGAAAUUGGCCCCAGUGAGCUUUAUUGUAUGUAGGACGCUCUGAC